AUGUUCCAAGACUCGGAGUGGACCCAGGUUCACAAGGGCCACCAGGCGUUUCUCCUCGACAAUUUGACACCGGACACUGUGAGUUUAACUGCUCUCAAAGUUCUCUCUUACCGAAUUUGAAUUUCAGCGAACGCUGAGAGUUGUCUGCUUGGAACCAUCCUUCGAAUGCGUCUACAAUACCAGCAUCUUCCACAACGUUGUCGAGAAGAAAGAAAUUAACGAGAAGGAGAAAAGAGCAUUCUACACCGAGAAUGCGCUCUUCUACGUCAAUAAAUCGGUCGCCCAAAGUGCCGAACGCAUUCUGGCUAAAAUGGAGCUUCCCAAGAUCAAGUACUUUCUCUCGAACAUCACCAACUUCUCGGUUAGUUCAUAAUCAUGUUAUCAAACCGAAAACGUUCUCAGCAGCUCGUUCCGCUCGACCGCUUCUUGAUACGCUCGUCAGACAUCGGCGACUCGACGAAAGUGAUCACAAAGGAGUGCCUCGAGGUGCUUCCUCUGCUCCUGAAGGCUCAGGGACACGGAGCUAGGGUCGAGACGAACCGCUUCCAGGUUGAGAUGACCGCGAUGCAGCGCAACGCGAACUACGUCCCGGUUGUAAAUUACCUUGAACUCAAGGAUUUGCUCGAGAGAUACAACGCGGACAAAUCGAGAAUCACGGUAAAUCCGAUAGGUUUGAAAAUUGAAUCCAAGAAUCCUCCACAGUUUUGCCCGGUUGCGACUGUUCCCAGAGACCAGGCCUAUUUGAAAAAGCAAGAAAAAACUGACUAUGUUCAUUUUCAGCUGGUCUUCGACGUCUCGUCACAGUUCCCGUACCGCACUUGA